AUGAACCGGAGGAAGUUCGGACUGGCGGCUAAAUACUUGGCCAUCCUCUUUACCUUUUUUUUCUCCACAAUUGAAUGUAAAAGCGGAGGAAGGCAAACCUUUUUUUUGAGUCACUUGGUGGGAAAUACAAAACAGGGAGGUAAGACAUGCCCACGGGGGGCAGGCCUUAUCAAUGGCGCCUCCCAUGCGAGGACGACGACACAGUGGCGGAAAAAUCACUUGAACUUCUCCCCAAGCGGAGGUCACGGUUGUACACAGGGAAGGUGGGCAGGUCGGACAAGAACUGCAGCAGCUGGAGCUGGAGCGGCGCAGAGGGUGCGCAUGUGGGAGGUACUACCCGGCACCCACGGAAGGUCAACCACUACGACUUCCACUACCUCUAUGACGAGGCCUACCAAUAGCCUUACCACUUCCUCCUCCACCCCCCCUCUGUGGGCACGCAAAAUUGACCAAAAAGAAAUCAAGCGGAGGAAAAACUACCAGUAUGCAUUAAAACACAUGUAUGAUAAAAACGGAAGACGAAUAAAGGACAUAAACAAGGAAAAAAAAUCUGUAAAGAAAAAAAAGUUGUUUGAUUACGAAGGGUUUAAGGUGGAUAAAAUUUUCGCGUGUCUGAGUGAGGAGGACAUGCAGGAGUUGCGCGAUGAGGAGUUGAAACGCAAGUCGGGGGAGAUUCUUCACAACAAUAAGUAUAUUGAUACGUAUGGCGUGGAGUCAGAGACGGACCUGGACGAC